UGCUGAUCAGGUAGAGGGGGGAGUCUCAUCUGAUUGUCAGCUCUCCGUCCCGGAGGUAAUGGGCUCAGCCCAUGAUCUGUCCCAGCUCCGGAGCCUGUUCGCCGCCUGUGAUGUGAAUGGCUCCGGGCUGGUGGAGUUGGAGGACUUCGCCGCGGUGUGCAUGGACCUGGGGGUGCAGCCCAGCCUGGUCCGGCCGCUGUUCCGCAGACUGGAUCUAGAUCAGGAUGGCACCAUAGACUUCCAGGACUUCGCCGCCCGUUUCGAGGAGGUCUCCGAAACCCUCAAUCUGUCGGCUCUCCAGUCCGGCGAGCCGUCUCCCGCCUGGGAGGAGCUGGAGAGGAGGCUGGGGGGAGAGACUCGGCACCUGGCCAGUGAUACAAGAGAACAUCUGUGGAACUUGUACCAGGAAAUCCAGGGGGUCCCUGUGCCCGGACUCCUUCAACAAUAUGAAAAGCUGAUUGAAAACAUGUCCUAUGAUUUCCGCACGCAGCGACUUAACACUGAAAAGUUAGAAUCUAUCCUCAAAAGGACUGAGGAGACGACAGCCAUGCAAAUGGGAGAACUUGAAGAAGAAUUACAGCAGCAUUUGGCCAAAGCUGAAAAUCAAAUUCGUGGAGAGCAACAGCAAAGACUUGAAGCUGCUCUACAGGAGUUACAAAGGAAACAUGAGACUGAAAAGUCAGACCUGCAGGUCAGGAUUGACAGGAUGGCAAAGAACAAAGAUGAAAAGAAAGCUCAAGAAACCAAAGAAGAAAGUACCAAGCUGAGAAGCCAAAUCUUUGACCUUUCCCAGGAAAAUGAGCACUUGAAAAUAAGCCUGCUAGAAACGCAAACCAACAUCUCCCUUCUACAGACUGAAUUGGACAGGUUGAAGAACGACUUUACUGAUCAGCAGAUUCACCAUGAAAGGGAGAAGGAGCUGCUGAAAACAAUGCUAGAUGAAAGCAGAGGAUAUACUAGCCAAAUUCAGAUACUAAAUGAGGCCAACAAGUCCCUGUAUGACAGUAAUGACUGCAUGCGGUCAGCUCUAUCAAACCUUGAAAAUGAGCGCAAACGGCAUUCCUCUCCAAAUCCGCAGAAGGAGCCACCUGUGAUUACCUAUAGCAGCUAUGGAGGAGACGAUGAUCCAUAUCGCAGAUUUUCUGAUGUAGCUUCAUGGGCCAAUAAAUGCAGGGACAGCGGAGUAUCCCUGCCUCGCAGUCUUGGAUACAGUGAUGUGGAUAGCUACGCCAGUGAACUUGGAAGUGACCACAGUCAGAGCUCUGAAGAGCCCUGGGAAGGAAGUGUUUCUUAUGUGAAUUCAGAAGCAGAGACAGUAGAAGCCAAAUCAGAAAUUGAUGGAAGAACAAAGUGGACCCCAUCUCGUUCUGUAAGCCGCAGUGGUUCUACCGCCUCUUCAAAAAGGCGACUUCCUGCAUUCACACCCAAAAAAGAAGGUCUGGCAUUAGAAGAAGGUUCUCAAUACCCAAGUCCAAUUUAUCGUCUCGUUCUGGCUGGAGACGCUGGGUCUGGGAAGUCCAGUUUCCUUCUAAGACUGUGUCUGAAUGAAUUCAGAGGGGACAUCACCACUACAUUAGGAGUCGACUUUCAAAUGAAGAAACUUCUAGUUGAUGGACAGUAUACAACCCUGCAGAUCUGGGACACAGCUGGUCAGGAAAGGUUCCGCAGUAUAGCAAAGUCUUACUUCCGGAAAGCACACGGAGUACUGCUGAUGUAUGACGUCACUUCAGAAUCUAGUUUCCUCAAUGUGCGUCAGUGGAUUGAUGAUAUCAAGAAUUCGUGUGACAAGUCUAUCCCCCUGAUGCUGAUUGGCAAUAAGACUGACCUGAGGUCAGAAGGUAAUGAAUCGGGAGGAAUCCAGACUUCAAUAGGAGAGAAGCUAGCGAUGGCCUAUGGCUCCCUCUUCUGUGAGACAAGUGCAAGGGAUGGUACCAAUGUAGUGGAAGCAGUUCUUCAUCUUGCUAGAGAAGUGAAGAAAUCGGCAGAUCUGGUGGAAGAAAAAACAGAAGCGGUGACUAAACUCAGUAUUCCAGACAAGAAAAUGAAUUGCUGCAAGAUCUAAAUAUGUCAUUCCUAGACAGAGAAACAUGAAGGAACACAUCACUGUGAUGCU